AUGACGGAUUCGGAUUUUUUCACCGAAAGCGAUGCCGAUAUACACGACGAUUUGUCUUUGGCGGCUGCUGAAAUCGGUUCGGGGAGAGGUGAUAGAAAAGCACAAGUCAUCGAUGGAACUCUUUACGGCGGAGUAUCAAUUCAAAAUCACGCUGUCGUUAAUACGGAUAACGAGAGAAAUGACGUCGUGACAAGUCAUUUGGUUAAUCGGUCCGUUACGACUAACGAGGACAUGGAAUCGAGUGGGAUUUAUUCAGAUUUUGAAAAAAAAACCGAAGAAAAUUGCCCACCUAAAACGGAAUCCGUUUCUUAUUUGGAAAUGAUAACAGAGCAAAUGAAAACGAUACAGAAUCUUGCUCUCGCUUCGGCGGAAAAAAAAUCCCAGCAAGAUUCUUCGACGGAUCGCAUAGUCAAAUCAAGCAGCGGGGAAUCGUCGAAAACCGUUUACGAAAACACGUCUGUUGUAACUUCCGCUAAAAAAAGUAGCAAAGGAGGAGAUUACGCCGCGACGGAGCGUAAAGAGUCUACACCUACUACUAAAGUAUCCAGAAUGCCGAAUAGAAACGUACCCUCGAAAAUAAAAUCUUUCAUCGAAGCAGCACCGGUCACGGAAGUGGAGGGAAAAACCAAAGUUGUGAAAAAGGGAAAAUGGGAUGAUGUCAUGGAUAAAAUAGCACAGGGAAAAGAGGAGAAUAAGCAGGGGCAGAUUUUUGAUGAGAAUUUCCCGUGA